AUAAUAUUCUAGGAUCUAACGCUUUAUACAAUAAAUAAAAAAAGAGUUAAUAAAAGCGCGAUGGGAAAUAAAGUGGCGACGUUCACCGAGGAACAACUUGAAGAUUAUCAGGAUUGUACAUUUUUCACGCGCAAAGAAAUCUUGAGAAUAUUUAAAAGAUUUCGAGAAAUAGGAGAUCCUGGAAUGGUGCCACGUACUAUGACGCAGCAGGAAGCAUCAUCUUUUCGUUUGCCUCUGUCAUAUUUAGCUCGCAUUCCUGAAUUGAAGGAAAAUCCAUUUAGAGAACGGAUCUCCGAAGUUUUUACACAACGUCAGGAUUCAGGACAAUCAACAUCUCUCUCCGAAGGAAUCUGUUUCGAAGAAUUUCUCGAGAUGUUAUCCGUGUUCUCUGAACAAGCACCGCGAGAUUUGAAAGUCUUUUACGCCUUCAAAAUUUAUGAUUUCGACGAGGACGGGGUGUUGGGCCUGGGUGAUUUGGAGCGCACCUGUCGGCAGCUGACUCGAGGUGGGCUAAGUGCCGAAGAGGUGGCUACUGUGUGUCGAAAAAUUCUGGAGGAGAGCGACAUAGACGGCGAUGGAGCUCUGUCUUUUCUUGAGUUCGAGCACGUUGUAACCAGAGCCUCCGAUUUUAUGGCGACUUUUCAUAUAAGAAUAUAAAUUGUACAAUCACAUAUAGAAAGUAUGUACGAUAUAAUAUAUGUGUUGAAUGAAUGAAUAUUACAUUUAAUUGUUAAUUU